AUGGAAGACCGGAAAUGCAGAUUGUCUCCAAACACCACGGUGAUUUUCAUUCUCGGUCUCUCUAGCAUUCUAAGCACUCUACUUGCUAAUGCUGCUAUCGCAGUAGCUGAUACAAGUAGCUCGUUGUCGACUUAUAUUAUCCAAGUGCGGAAGCCGACCGACAAAGAUCUCGCUACUUUGGAGGAUCUCGAUACUCUGUAUCGCUCAUUUUUACCUACCUCAGCAGCCAGCUCCGACCAAGAACAAAGAAUGGUUCACUCAUACCGAAAUGUACUAUCCGGGUUCGCAGCCAAAUUGACCGCUGAGGAAGCUAAAGCCAUUCGAGAAAAGGACCGUGUUCUGCACGUGCGUCCGGAGAAGGCGCUCUCUCUACACACAACUCACACCCCCAACUUCUUGGGAUUGCACCAUGGAGUCGGGCUCUGGAAUGACUCGAACUUGGGGAAGGGUGUGAUAAUUGGAGUAUUGGACACAGGGAUUUUCCCCGACCACCCUUCCUUCAGCGAUGAGGGGAUGCCUCCGCCCCCGGCCAAAUGGAAGGGCAGGUGUGACUUCAACGGCACAUCCUGCAACUGUAAACUCAUCAGUGCGAGGACGUUCAUCAGAUCGAGCACGACUCCUGUGCAGGUCGUUCCGCCGUAUGAUGAUGAGGGCCAUGGCACGCACACUUCCAGCACGGCUGCCGGUGCUUUUGUGAGGGGUGCCAGCGCGCUAGGUCAUGCCAAAGGCACGGCUGCAGGCAUGGCGCCCCUUGCGCAUUUGGCAAUGUACAAGGUUUGUGAGGCAAAAGGAUGCCUCGAGACCGACAUAUUAGCUGGGCUCGACGCGGCCAUCGAGGAUGGUGUCGAUGUGCUUUCCCUCUCCAUAGGAGGACCAUCCGUACCGUUCUUUGAUGACUCGAUCGCAAAGGGUGCAUUUGCUGCUACCCAAAAGGGAAUCUUCGUCAGCUGCUCUGCGGGGAAUAACGGGCCGUCCGACGGCACAUUGGCAAACGAGGCACUGUGGAUUCUCACCGUGGGAGCAAGCAGCAUCGACCGCACCAUAGCAGCCACGGCGCAGCUCGGAAACGGGCAAGAGUUUGAUGGGGAGACCCUCUACCAACCACACGACUUCUCUCCGACGCUGCUUCCCCUCGUUUAUGCGGGAGUAAACGGAGAUCCAUCCUCGGCCCUCUGCCUCCCUGGAUCACUAGUAGGCCGCUCGACCAUCCAAGGGAAAGUGGUUGUGUGCGAGAUAGGCGACGGAAGAGGGCGAGUAGCAAAAGGUCAAGAGGUCAAAGAUGCGGGCGGCAUGGCCAUGAUCCUCGUGAACGGUCCCAUUGAGGGAUAUACCACAUUGGUUGAUGCGCAUGUCCUACCCGCAGUCCACGUGAGCUACGUUGCAGGGAAGGCGAUCAAGGGCUACUUAAGCACGGCGCCGGCGCCGACAGCCACGAUCCUAUUCAAAGGCACCCUCAUCGGGAGAUCAGCUGUCCCAGCUGUAUCGUUCUUCUCUUCCCGCGGCCCCAACAUCCAAAGCCCCGGCAUCCUCAAACCGGACAUCAUCGGCCCGGGUGUGAACAUCAUUGCUGGUUGGCCAUUUUCCUUAGACAAUUCCACAAACUUGAAGCACGCAUUCAACGUGAUUUCCGGGACCUCCAUGUCCUGCCCCCACCUCAGCGGCGUGGUAGCGCUGCUCAAGAGUGCGCACCCCGACUGGUCGCCGGCUGCCAUCAAGUCCGCCAUAGUAACCACCGCCACCACCUCCAACAUGGAACGCCAACCCAUCGUUGACCAGACGCUCCAUCCGGCGGACAUUUUCGCCACCGGCGCAGGACAUGUCAACCCAUCAAAGGCUGUCAACCCGGGUCUCAUAUACGAUGUUCGACCGCAAGAUUACAUUGCUUACCUUUGCGGGCUCGGCUACACCGACUCUGAAAUCGAGACCAUAGUUCAAGAAACAGUCGCAUGCUCGAGCAUAACGAGCAUACCUGAUUACCAACUCAACUAUCCAUCGAUCAGCGUGAGGUUCGGGGGUUGGGUAAGGGAGGUGAGCGUGAUGAGGACGGUGAGGAACGUCGGACCUGCGAAGUCGCGUUACAGGUCGGUCAUCGACUCGAUCAUGGGUCUUGACUUAAUUGGCGUGUCCCCGGGUGAUCUGGAGUUCACCGAGACGAACCAGACAGCGAGCUACAGGGUCGACUUCGUGAGGAGAGUUGACUGGAACGCGACGGCAGCGCCGUUUGCUCGGGGGGCGAUCACGUGGGUCUCUGUUCAGCAUUCGGUUCGAACCCCUGUCGCUGUUGUGUUCGAGUAA